GCUGCACAUGAGACUGCUUAACAAGGGAUAUCCACCGGGGUGGAACACAACCAAAGACUGGAUGUGGUGGAAAGCACAACGAUGGAACAAAACUGGGGACUGGAUGUGGUGGAAAGCACAACGAUGGAACAAAACUGGGGACUGGAUGUGGAAAUGUCCAUUCGGAUGGAACUCAUCCAUGGAAUAUAUGUGGUGGAAAGCACAACAAUGGAACAAAUCUGAGGACUGGAUGUGGGAAUAUCCACCCGGAUGGAACUCAUCCAUGGAAUAUAUGUGGUGGAAAGCAGAAGGACGGAACAAAUCUGGGGAUUGGAUGUGGGAAUAUCCACCCGGAUGGAACUCAUCCAUGGACUAUAUGUGGUGGAAGGAAGAAGGAUGGAACAAAACUGGGGACUGGAUGUGGGAGAAACCAGAUCGAUGGAGCCCAGAGGAGGACGGGAUGUGGUCCCCAGAAGAUGAGUAUGAGGAUGGUCCAAACAGCAUUGUGGGCAUCUUCAUCUUCCUGCAUGCACUGAACUACAGCAUGAAGGAUGACGUGUAUGGGUCAGCACUAACCCGCUGCAUAGAGGACAGUGGGCUCAUGGACAUGGUCUGGAACAUUUUUGUGAGGAACUGCAGUCAGCUGCCUGCUCGACUCCUUCAGCGGCUGCUGCGGAAAGCCGAGGACUUCCUCCUGAGGGCCAAGCCUGAGACUUUCCAUCGGCUCUCCACCAUCAGCAACUCCUCCCAGAUCGAGUUUGUGAUGACGUUCUUACGUGAGAGGUACCAAAAGAUGUGCCUGGAUGUUCGGAUGCAAGUCUUCCAAUGGGCCAGGCGGAGUCUGGUGUUGGCUCAGUGUCAGGGUGAGAAGGCCGGGCAAUCCAUGAAGCAGACAGGCCCCACAUCCGGGCUUGCAAAUAAACCUCCACCAGGUAAAUGUAGGCAGCUGCAGAUGACCAGUAGAGCUGUGGAUACAAUAGGAUUCUUCAUCCUCGAUGCUCCUGACAAAGAAUUUGCUAAUGUCCGGCCUCCGCAGCUCUGCAACCUCUUCGCUGGUCCUGACAUCGCCAGGAACCUCUCAGGCUUAUCUGACAUGGACCCCAGGCGGGGAAAGAAGCUUCUGGCUCAGCUGAGUACCCAAUGCAAGCUCAGAAACAUCACCCGGUAUGUUUAG